CCGCGCAAUUGCGCAGCGUCGCGCAGCGAUGCAAUGAGCGCUCCGCUGCAAGACAAGCAGAACAUCGAUAGUUCAGUUGUGAUGUCGGCUGAAAAAAAGCCACCAGGAACGCCGUCGCGCGCCGCAAUGGAGGCCGCAGCGGCAGACACGCCAACGACGCCGCCGCCUGGGAUGACCGCGGAAGAGGCUGACGCGGAGACGCCGGUCAUGAGCGCCGAGGCCGCGGACGCCGAGACGCCGGAGCCGGCGACGCCCGAGCCCGCGACAACAACAACGCCGGCCACGCUCGACGCGCUCCACAAUUACCUGGGCCCGCUCUGCCAGGCGCUGCUCGGCGCGACGCCCGAGGCCCUACGCCGCGCGGAUGAUAGUAAUGUGGCCUGGUUCGCGGGCCAGCCGGCCGGGUCCACGCUCGUGUGCACGACGGACGACGACGGCAAUGUAACGUACCACCGCGGCCGGAGUCGUAGCGGCGCGUCGAGGUACGUGGUCGUCGCGUCGACGGCUCCCUUGGGACCGACCAUAUCGGAAGGAGGGUUAGCGGCGGACGCGUUGACAGUCGUAUUAAGUGGCAGAGACGCGGAUCCGAUAAACGAGGCGAAGGGCGUCGUGCGCGCGGCACUGGCGCCGCUCGUCGCCGAGGUCGAGGACGAGACUUCGAACGUGGCCGCGGUGAAACGACGGCUGGGCGAAUUAGAUGCCGCUCUAUCUAGGUGCGGUCACAAGGGCGACGCGGCCCUGGUCUCGCUACCACUUACACCUCCACCGAAGAUCGCGGACCUCCUCUCGCACAUGAAGAGUGAUGAAGUCGCCGAUCAGAUAGGAGAGGACUCUACCAUAGCCGACCGCUGCGCCGAGAGCGUCGCGGCGUGGGCCGCUUCUACUCGUGCACUGGCCGAGCUCGUCGAGUCCACACAAGAUGACAAUAAUCCUUUGUACUUCGCUUCCACGCCGUCGGGCUGCGACGCCUUGCACGCCGAAGUGGAGCGCUGGCGCGCCUAUUCAGCUGCCGUUAACAAUGCUCAGACGACGCGGAAGAGUGCAUCUGCAGUCGCUCUAGGUGCCAUCCUCAAGAGAAACCGGAGGUUCGUGGCUGCUGCCCAAUUAGAUGACGGCGUCACGGGACCUUUACAGAGAGCGGCGGACGCGUGUAGGGACGCCAAGAGUCUCUUGUCAUCUUUACCGUUGGAUCGACUGGAGUCCGCCGCCUCGCUACCCGACUUGACGGAGACGUCUGAUAACUUCUUCAAAGCACUAGGCAAGCUCAAAGCCACUAGACGAUAUGAUAUGUCAAGGGCCGCUCGUUUAGUCGAGUGCGCGUCUUCUGCCAUAGGAGAACGAGCCUCGUUCCUACUCGAAGACCAAAAGUCUCUCCUAGAUGAGUCAAAUGAAGACGCCUUCGAGCAUGCGGAGCAGUUGUUUCGUGUCACGCGGCAAGGGUGCCGCAAGUUCCGGGAAGUAGCUUUGGACUUAGCGAGGCGAGGCGCCGACGUCUCCCUCAACCUAGUCUUGGAUCAUGAGCGCGUCGAAAAGCGAUUGACACAAGUCAAGGACUUCCUCCGGCGCCACGCGACCUUCCGAAGAGUCCUCGACGAGGCUUUGAGUGGAGACGAACGGCCUCUCGCCGAACUCGACGGCGCGUUCCGGGAAUUCCGCGAAAGUCUGGGUAGCAAAGUCAUCGACGCGUCGUUCGACGGCGACGCGACCUGGAAUGCCGCAGCAGCACAUUACCAAAAGCGCGUCACGCACUGCGAGACUUUAGCUGCGCAGCGCAUGGCCGAGUCGCUCGACCAGGCGUCGGGCACGGACGCGGUCUUCGAGGUCUUUAAGGCCUUCCAGCCUUUGUUGGAUCGCGUGCCUGUUCGCAGGGCGGCGCAGAGAAGGCAGUCUGAGUUGAUAGAAGCGGUAGCAUCUGAACUUGAUGCGUUGAAGACGGCCUGUACUCGUAGAUAUGAAAAUUCGGGCUGUCGGUCCCUAGAUGUGCUGAGGGAGGUCCCACCGGUCGGCGGGAAGGCGGCCUGGGCGCGACAGGUCGAUGAAAGGCUGCGGGAGCAACUUAGUAGAUUAGAUGCGGUCAUCGGGAAGGAGCACGUCCAGAGGCAUCCUCGGGGCAAGACCCUCAAACUACUAGCGGAGGAACUGCUGAAGCAUGUCGAUGCUUCACCACUAUUUGAUCAAUGGCUCGAGACCUGGACCAAUAAAUGUGCUUCGGGUCUCAGAGAUGGGCCUUUACUGAAGGUCGCGCAUGGGCGGUUAUGCGCCAACUUCGACCAGCAGCGCAUCGAGCUCGCGCGGGAAGUGGAUUGUUUGAGACGGUUGAACUUCCGGGUCCCCGAGACGAUCGCACUAGUUGCCGAUGAGGCGCGCCAGCGGAUCCAGGUCGCGCACGCUCUACGAUCAGCUUGUAGGUUAUAUGAUCGGUGUUCUUCACACAUAUCUGACGAUGAUGCUUGCAUGUUACAACCCUGGAUUCAGGCUUGUCGAGAUAUCGCUUCAAAAGCGUUCCCGGCCUCGAGGGGGCAGGCCCCUAGAAUCGCGUGGACGUCGCCCUCUGAGAGUACAAGGGCCUGGGUCGAUUCAUUUAUGGAGACCGUCGCUUCCUUGCAGGAGAAGGUCGACGUGUUAAGUAAGGCUCGUUCACAGUGCGACGCGUCCCUCUCAUUAUUGUCCGCGUCGGACAGUGCUAGAGAUUUGGAAACGAUCUCCACGAAGCCGCUGCAGGACGUCGUCGACAGGUUAGCCUUGGAGGGCUUCCAGGGACUCAACCAGUGGGUCGCAUCGUUGGAUGAGAGGUGCCGCAUUUCACUCAGAGAGCGCACGUCAGAUCGGUUGAUAAGGUGGGCCCUGGCUCUAGAAGGCGCGCCUAUCAUCUGUGAUGUUGAAGAGGAAACAUCAGUGGAUGUCGGGUGUUUGCGGAGCAGGCACUGCCUCGUUACGAGUGAGAGUGGGAUCCAAUUGGACCCUCCAGUAACAAGUGCACGACUCACUCUCCAGGCCCAGGUCUCUCAUUUGGUAGAUGCCGCUCGACAGUUACCUAGAUUACGGGCGUCGCGCUUCGACGCCCUCAAUAACGAUGACGGCGACGCGUACGACGACCUCUUGGUCGAAGAGGAUAACUCAUCAAAAACAUUGACGAAAGCGUUAGAUGCCGCUCUACAAGCUAUUGAGAGAAGAGUCACCGAUGCGCUAGCGCGCGAGAAACGCUGGGCGCGCCACUCGGGCCUGUGGCGUCUUACUGUUACUGAUGUAGCUAGAGCUCUCGACGACAAGUACCCGGAGCACGUCAAGGACUACACCUACGACAGCGGUUCGAGGUUGGACGCCUGGGCGCGCUGUUUGGAGGGCGCCGGCGCGUCGCGACGGGACGCCGACGCCGACCUGGGCUUCGAGGAGGAGCGGCGACGGGGCGCGUCGGACGAUGUCCUGCGGGCUGUCGUCACGAGACAGCCUGAUUCAUUUUAUUCGUCCACGGACCCUGAUAAUGGCCUCGCUGUCGUGAUUGACGCUCGAAAAGCCCAUACGGCCGUAAAACAUCGGCUCGAUGCGCGACUAGUGGAUUUACGAGCCGAGGCCCGGGAAAGGUAUGCAACGCAUGCUUCUGGGUUGUUAAAACUCGCCAAAGAAUCAAGGCACAAAUUAGAACGCGUCGACGAGAGAAGAUGUAGUUGCAGAGAGGCAUUGGCUCAAUUAGCUUUACAUGCUUCGCUCCAAGAAGCAUUACCACAAUGGAGAGAAACGGUGCAAGGGUUACUGCGGUUAGAAUGGAAUCUAAAAACGCAGGACGAGGACCCGCACGACGACGAGCUCGACCUGUGGACUGAAGCUUCGCUCGUCGAGGGCGCCGUCGACGCGUGCGCCCAGGUGUUGGAGACGCGGAAGGGCCGUUUGGAUGGAGAGAAGGCGGCGCUGCGAGCGGAGGCCGACGCCGAGCUCGUGAAGGCGAGGAUGGCGUCGGCCGCCAUCUCCGAGUCCUGGCGCGCGUUGAAACCAGAACGUUUAGGCGAAGGCGAGAACGCCUGUGCGACCACGGCGCAAGCGCAAGAGCGGCUACAGCAAUUCACGGAGCGAGUACAGCGGGCGUUGGACGACGCGCGGGACUUCGCGCGAGCUUUGGUGGCGCUCGAUGGCUCCGCGCAGGACGCCUCGACCGGUGAGUUAGAGGCCAUAGACGUGGAAGCGCGAGCCCUGGGCGAGGUCUGGGAGGCUUUGUCAGGUCCCAUCGCCUCCAUCGGUACGCUAGAUCGUACGAGAUGGGUCGACUUCGAGCCGUCAAGUGCCAAGGAAACGUUACGCAAAGCUAAUGAAGCUCUGCGGACGUGUUCGUCGAAAGUCAGGCAGUACGCGUGCCACGCCGACGCCUGCAAACUUGUGCAAGAGAGGGAAAGAUCAGUAGGGGGCUGGGUCGGUUCCCUACGCUCGGCCGAACUCACGCCACAACUAGAACGCAAGCUCGCCAAGGUUUUGUUCAACUCGCCGCGCUGGGACGCGCGAUCGAGAAAUUGCGGCGACUUCCUACGCCUGAAGGUCACUCCAAGUAUGAGAAAAGAGCUAGAUCAAGUACUGGCCGCGGCGAGGCGCGACGCGUCGAUGGCGCAGUACCUUGAAGACGUCGACCGGCACUGGUCCGAGCGGUUGUUCGACGUGGCUCCGGGCCGAUUAAUAAGGGGCUGGGAUGCUCUGACCGAGGAGUUGGACGAACACAGUCAAGCUUUAUUAGCUAUGAAGGAGGCGCCUCAUUUCAAGGACAUCGAUUCCUCAUCAGAAGUCUAUCGGCGACGGGAAGUGCUGUCAAAUGACGUAGAUGAACUACGAAGAAGGUUGGAUCUCUGGUCCGAUGCUCAAAGGAGGUGGGUCCACCUCGACGCGAUCUUUGGUUCUAAUGCGGACAUCGGCGAUCGGCUGCCUCAAGCCAAAAACGCCUUUUCAGACGGUUCUAGAACUUUUGACCGGUGCCGGGACGACUGCCUUGAGUCAUGUAGAGUUAGAGCGUUGUUGGAAGUUGCCGCACUGCCGGAAUCCCUAGAAGCCGUCUCCCGACUAUUUGGAGACGCGCAGCGGUGGCUCGGCGAGUUUUUGGAAAGCAUGCGUUCCGAGUUCCCGCGGUUCUACUUCGUGGGCGACGAUGAUUUGUUGGGGAUGCUCGGGGGCGGCAUCGAGGGUGCUAGGCCGCACCUCACGAAGAUGUUCGCGGCGCUCCGAGACGUGUCGGGCGGACGGAUGUUCAGUGCGGAUGGUGAGGACGUGCCAUUAUCAGGUUCAUUGGACGAGUCGUCGUGUGUGGCCUGGUUAUCCUCGCUCGAACGAGCCAUGAGAAUAUCAGUAGCGCAGUCCCUGAAGGACGCUUUAGUGAUCGACAGCGACCUCGAGAAAUGGUUAUCAACACAUCCGACGCAAGCCUUAUGUUCAUCGAUACAGUGCGACUGGGCAUGUAGGAUGGACGCAGCCUUGGACGGAGGUUCCUUGGAGGGACCGUCCCAAGUUCUUGUAUCCAGAUUAGCGUCCUUGUCAUCAGCUACUUCGUCACCUCUGAAACGAGCUCAAUUAAUUGUCGAGUUGGCGCAGCAGCGGGACUGCACGCAGUCCUUACACGACGCUAAUUCAUCACAAGACCACCGAUGGCUGCGCCAACUGCGGCUGUACUGCAAUCCGAAUUCAAUGGAUGUGGUUGAAGGUACGUCGUUCUUAGAGCAAUUGAUCAAAGGCACGACGCCGUUAGCCGUGACAUGUGUCGCUCGAGUGGCGGGCGCGUCACUCACAUACGGCUACGAGUACCAGGGGAUUGGAAGAAGAUUAAUCAGAACGCAACUCACGGAUCGCUGCUUCGCGACGCUCGCGUCUUCUCUCAAAUGGAGAUUGGGAGGCAACCCCGUGGGACCGGCGGGGACGGGCAAGACCGAGUCCGUGAGGGCUUUAGGUGCUUUGUGUGGCCGGCACGUCGUCGUCUUCAAUUGUGACGAGGCCUUUGAUCUAGGGGCUACUGGUCGCUUACUGCGAGGUCUCUGCAGAACUGGAGCGUGGGGUUGUUUUGAUGAGUUCAACCGAUUGGACGAGGGCGCGCUGUCGGCCGUGGCGCAGCAACUGAGAUUCAUCCAGGAGGGGUUGUUAUCGAAGGCUUCCGCCGUGGAGAUCUCUGGAAGACCUACGCCCUUGGUACCCACCACUGCUGUGUUUGUCACGAUGAACCCGGGCUAUGCUGGUCGAUCUCCAUUACCAGAAACGCUGAAACGUUUAUUUAGGACGGUCGCCAUGGCUAAACCGGACAGCAGAGCCAUCGCCACGACCACAUUGUACGCUCAUGGCUUCUCGGAGGACAGGGCCCGACCCCUCGCCCACGCGUUGGUUGCGCUGUUUGAGUUGUGUGGCUCGCGCCUAUCCUCGCAAAGCCACUACGACUGGGGUUUGCGAGCUCUGGGCCCUGUCUUGAAAACGGCCGGCAACCUCCUCACCACGACGUCGGAACCGAACGCUUUGCUGAGAGCGGUGCGCGCGACCGUGGCGCCGCGCUUAGUCCAGGAGGACGCCCAACCUUUUGACGAACUACUACGGGCGGCCUUCCGCGAGGACGCUCUAGUGCAAGACGACGGUUCGACGCAACAGGAAGGUACGGAUGCGUUGGUAGAUGCCAUUUCUGUUGAUAGACUGGACAAGGCCUUUACGGAUGCGGCGCAAGCAAGAUCUGUAAAUGCUUCUGCAGCAUGGCUCGCGAAGGCCCAUCAAUUACGAAGUGUAUUAGCGUUGUCCACGGGCGCUGUCGUAGUGGGACAAACGGGCUCCGGCAAAUCUACGUUAGUAGAGUGCGUCCUCGCCGCCUUAGAAAGUAUAGAUGGCGUCAAGGGUGAAGCUCAUUGGAUCGAUCCCAAAGCUCUUGUAAGUGACAGAUACAAGGAGUUGUUGUUCGGUAGACUAGAUGCGACGACCCUCGAAUGGACCGACGGGGUGUGUACGGCCCUAUUGAGGAGCGCAUCACAGAAGAAACGGACGUGGCUCUGCCUCGACGGCGACGUGGACCCCGCGUGGGCCGAGAAUUUAAAUAGUGCCUUAGAUGACAAUAAGGUGUUGACGCUGCCGAACGGGGAGAGGAUCGCGGUGCCUGCCGACGUUCGAUUUGUUUUUGAAGUCGAGGAUCUAUCAAGAGCUACUCCCGCAACGGUUUCUCGCUGUGGUGUUUGUCAUGUGGAUGCCGAGUUAGUAUCACUCCAAGACCGCGUCGAGAGCUGUUAUCGACGGUUGCAUGCCGACGAUGCGGCGUUCGCGGGUGCUGCCCAACAGCUCUUUGCUCACGAUGGCAUUGUGGGUCACGCUGUUGCCUUCUCGAUGCGAGGGGGUGUCAUGCAGUCGCCGUCGCCGGAACAAUCAUUAAAUGCCUUGACUUCAUUAUUAUUAGCGGCGAGAGACGACGCGGCGACGCAUCGCAUAGAUCCUACUACUAAAAGAGGAGCGUCUUUCGUCAGAAGAAGCGUCUACGCGGCGCUGUUCUGGAGCUGUGGCGGGAGCAUGGAUAAUGAUGACAGAAUCAAGUUAGGCGACCUGCUCAACAAAGCGGCGUCGAAGACCGAUGAUGGUACAGACGGUGUCAUCGGCCUGGAUGUGAGAUGCGCCGCGCGGGCGCCGGACUUCUGGGAGGCCUGGGAAAGUCGAGUGCCGUUGACGGAGGAGGCCGACCUCAACUCCGUAGUACCUACUGCCGACACAGCUAGACAUGAAGCUCUCGUAGAAGCUCUCUGUCGGCGACGGAGCGGUUCUCUGUUGUGCGGCCCGCCCGGGAGCGGCAAGACCAUGACCUGCGACCACGCGUUGGCGUCGAACCAAGCCUUGUACGCGCGAGCCGCAUUAGCUUGUGCGGCCGGCACCAAAGCCUCGGACGUGGCUCGGUUGUUGAGUGAGCACUGCGAACUCAAAAGGGGCGCCCGCAACGAAUUUAGUUUAGUACCAAAGAAAGCUUUACAUGGUGAGAGAAGGAUACUAGUCGUGUUCUGUGACGAGAUCAAUCUGGUGGAACCCGACGCGUACGGCACGCCGCGAGCCUUGGCGUUUGUGCGGCAAUUGAUUAGUAGGAAGGGCUUCUGGGCCCUCUCGACGAAUAGUGCGAGGGCAGCUCUCGAGCCGGGCCGCUUCGCGCGCGUCGCUUCCCAGAGAUGUUCUCCAAGGUGGGUGUCCUUGGAACGCGUUUCGUUGGUCGCUGCUUGUAAUCCGCCCACGGACGCUGGACGAAAACCACUCCCCCGACGAUUAUUAAGGCACCUCCACGUCCUGUCCGUGGGAACACCCUCGAGACCCGCGCUGGAGCGAGUCUACGCCGCGUAUACUAGAAGAGCGACGAAAAUAAUCGCCACGAAUUUCCCGGAGCCUGACAUAAAAGAAGUGGUCCAGAACCUCCCGGCGGCGAUGAUCGACGCCUACGAGUUCAAUCAGCGAACAUUCUCGACGAAGGGACCGCAGUGCGUCUACUCGGCUCGCGAAUUGACGCGGUGGUGCCGCGCCUUGGAGCAGGCUUCUGAUGCUUGUUCCAAUGCUUCGGCAUUGGUGCGACUCUGGCUCCACGAAGGUUUAAGGCUGUUUGCCGACCGUUUGCCGGAAAUGACUGAUGUUGCUACUUGUGAUGAGGCUCUACGAAGUAUCGCCCGGAAGCGCUUCCCUGUAUCGUCCGAAGCUCUAGAACCACCAUUAUUAUACGGAAGGUGGCUCUCCAAACAGUACGCGCCGACGUCUUUAUCUAAACUUAGAAGGUUCGUCGCAUCUAGAUUGAGGACCUUCCACGAGGAAUGUCUGGAUGUCCCGCUCGUGGUUUUCGACGAUGUGGCGAGACACGCUCUACGCAUCGAUUCUGUACUGCUCUCAGCGUCUUUCAUACAAACGGGGGACACAUACUUCAAUCUGAGUGCCUCCAAUAUGGACCAGCACUUCGUUCCGCCCCCAAGACUACGAAAGAGCCCCUCUGAUGACUUACCUUUGCGAGCCUAGAAGGUAGGACAGUGCGGGGGCUGUCAUCAAUGACGUUCCGCUCAAGAAGGCCUUCCACACGAGCAUUGUCAUGAGGUCGAUACGGCGAACCUAUAUAUCCUACGCAGGUCCUGCGCGCGGAGUCCGGCCACUUGCUACUCGUGGGCGAGUCGGGAGUGGGCAAGACCGUUUUAGCGAAAUUUGUCGCGUGGCACAACGGCAUGGGCGUGAAGGAGAUCCAAGCUACAAGGACGUACACGUUGGCGCACUUCGACGACGACCUGCGGUCGUGCAUGAAGCGGGCCGGUGUGGACAAGGAACGACUCGUGAUUUUGUUGGACGCGGACGGUGUGUCCACUAAUUUCCUGGAGCGGAUGAACGCUUUGUUAGCCGCGGGAGAAGUCCCCGGUCUCUGGCCCGCCGACGACCUGUCGAGGCUGUUGACGCAAUGCCGCGACGCUAGGAGGUCGGAAAGCGUCGGUGGUGAUGCAGACGACGACGCUGUCGUGCUGAAAUGGUUCUCUAGUAAUGUCCGACGGAACUUACACGUUGUGUUUUGUUUGGAGGAUUUGAGAUCUGCGUCAACGACGGCCUCCCCAGCAUUAUUCAACAGGUGUGUCGUGGACUGGUUCGGCACGUGGUCUACGUCAGCGUUGGCUCAUGUGGGCGACGCUCUCCUAGCAGAUGUCGACGUCGAGCAGUUGGGUGCGUGGGACGAGCAAUCAAUGUCUGUGGUACAGAGGGCCGACAGAGACGCGCUGCUGCAGAAGGCAUCAUACGUAAGGUACGAGGAGAGCGACUCGGACGAAGAAGAAGAGCAACCUACUACCUUAAAGACGGCGUUAGUUGCCGCCCUGGUGGAGAUCCAUGGAGAAAGCAGGGGCACCGCGCGGGACUUCGUGGAUUGUUGCCGGAGGUUCGCGAAGGAUGUUGUGGAGAGGAGAGAAGCAUUGGAGCAGCGCCAGCAACGCAAGCAGGCCGGCCUCCGGGAACUGGAGGCCGCUUCCAGUGAUGUCGCGGCGCGCCAGAAAGUCCUCGCCGAAAAAAAUGCCGAGCUCGAGGUCCAAGAGGCGGAAGCUUCUCAGCAACUCGAAAAGAUGGUCGCCGACCAGCAGGAGGCCGAGGCGAAGCAGCGGCAGGGUGCUUCGUUGUCUGAGGAAUUAGCUGUGAAGAGCGGCGACAUCGCUCAAAGAAAAGCCAGUGCGGAGGCUGAAUUAGCGACGGCCGAACCCGCACUCAUCGCCGCGCGAGAUGCGGUCAAGGGCAUCAAGAAGGCUCAACUAGAUGAACUAAGAGCGCUCCGGAUGCCUCCGAUACAAGCUAAAAGAACGAUUGAGGCGGUCUCGAUCAUCCUUGGUCUAGUACCGCUCCAGAAGUCCUACGACUGGGAUGAUGUGAGGAAAGCUCUGCGGGACCGAUCCUUCAUCCCCAACGUCAUAUCCUUUGAACCGCGGGACAUGGACGAUGCUGCGGCGGAAUUUAUCCGGCAACGGUACCUGUACCCUACCCCUGAAUUCCUGGAGAAGCUCAACCAGAAAGAAAGGGAGAAAAACGAGGACUGUAAGGAGAUCAAAGCGUUGGACUUUGAGAGCGUGAAUCGCUCGUCACAAGCGGCCGGUCCACUAGUUUUGUGGCUCGCGUCGCAGCUCGACUACGUGGCCAUUGAAAGGAAGGUCGAACCGCUACAGCGCGAGGUCGAAGCGUUAGAAGUAGCUACCCGUGAUACGCGGGAGCAAGUACAAAGGCUAGAGGAGGAGAUGGCGGUGCUGGCGGAGUCCGUCGAACGGUACAAGGCGUCGUACGGCGUCGCUGUGAGAGCUGCGGAGGGCCUCAAGGCGGACAUCGAGAAAGGGAAGGAACGGGCGGAUCGCGCGUCUCGGUUAGUGGCUUCGUUGCGGGACGAGCAGGAGCGCUGGAGCACCGAGGCGGAGGCGUUUCCUUCAGCCGUAUCAAUGUUGCCGGGCCAGUGUUUAAGAGAUGCGGUCGACGUGGCUUAUAAUGGGCCUCGUAGCGAGAAGCAACGGCGACAGCUACGUGAAGUAGUGAGGAGCGUCUGCGCACGUGUUGGGCUAUUAGUUGAUGACAAAGACCUAACGGCCUCGGUCUCGCAAACUACUCUCAGAAGAUACCACGACCGCCACGGCCUGCCGAGGGAUUCCAGGUGCGCCUUGAACGCGUGCGUCUUCGAGGCGUCGUCGAGGUCGUGCCUCUUCGUGGACCCGACCGGCUCAGCGUUACGCUUCGCGUCUUCGCUGUUAGCAGACAAGCGCGUCUCUGUGAUUUCCGCCGCCGAUGCCAAUUUUACACGAUCCUUAUGUACGGCGGCUAGAUUUGGCACGGCUCUCAUAGUGAAAGACGUCGACGACGCCUGGGAUUCGGUCGCGCACCCUCUGCUCAAUCGAGAAUUCGCGCGGAAGAGCGGCGGAUUGUCCGUGUGCAUCCAAGGCGAGGAUGUUGAUGUAAGCGAGGACUUUUUGCUGGUCUUGCACUGCCGCAGCACAGAAGGGUUAAGUAGAGGCUUGCUCGGGCGAGUCAACGUCGUUGAUUUCUCCACGACUCCGGACGCUCUGACCGAUGCCAUUCUGUCGAAGGUCGUGCGACGGGAGCGUCCUGAUUUGGAGCAUAAACGGCAGGACGCUGCCAGAUCUCUAGAAAAGCAGCAGUUACGCUUAGCGCAGCUCGAGGACGACGUGCUCGAAUUAAUAUCGACUCAUACGGAAGGUACGGGUUUACUAGACGAUGAAAGAGCCGUCGAGGCCUUGCAGAAGGCGAAGAACGAGGCAAAUGAGGCCCUGGACGCGUCACGAGCGACGGAGACCACUAUACAAGAACUGAGGAAGGCUUCGGUCGUCUACGAGCCGGCGGCCGUCUUUUGCGCGCGUUUAUUCGGCACGUUGUCGCAGCUCGAGCAAUUCCACGCUUCCUAUGCCUAUGCUUUAGACGACUACCUCUCCAAUGCUUUACAUGAUGCGUUGCGCGAUGCGUCUCCCGCGCAAAUUGGCGAGACGAGUAUCCAGCGCUUCGAGAGGCUCACGGCACCGUUGCUCAAGGAGGCUUCAGUGUAUGUGACGGGAGCCAUUCUAACGCGGGAGCACCGCGCGUCGUGUGCUUUAGCGGUGGCCAGACUCCUCAGCGAGAGCCGGAAGGACUUAGGUGGCCCUACGGAAGACGUCGAUUCAUUUUUAGCGAGCAAUGGUUCAUUUGAUCAAGCCCGGUCACUGAUCGAGACGGUGCUCGGCGCCUCGUGGCUAGAUGCGUCAAAAUCAGGCGCUAUGAGUAUUGCACAAGCGGCCUCGAAGUCGGACGAGCGCUUGAGUAUUUGUAAUGCGGCGCUGGAGCGGCGCAAACUGUCUCGACGGAGGCGGCGCUCUUCAUUAGUGUCGAGGAAGUCCCUCGCGGACGACGAGGAGGAGGACGAGGACCCGCACCAGUCUUCACUAGAUGCCGCCGCCGUCGAGUGCGACGUCAGUGCUCUGAGGGCUCCCAUACUGACCGUUGUGGCCGAAAGAAAUGGUGGGCGCGACGGCGCGUCCGACGCCCGGAAAGCUGCUCAAGAACGUCAUGCUUCGGUCGAGGAAGUGGCCCUCGGGUCGCACGAGGGCGAGGUGCUCGCGGACGACGCGCUGCGGCGCGGCGCCUCUUCAGGAUCCUGGGUGCUGUUGGAGAACGCUCAUUUGGCGUCCAAGGCCUUCAUCGCAUCCCUCGAAAAGAAAAUACGCGAGGUCGGCCACGACGCGGCGCCUGGGUUUAGGGUGAUUCUGACCAUCGAGGUCACCGCCGACCAGGAGGCUUUACCGAAAAGACUGUUCUCUGCUUCUAGAGUGAUCGCGCUGCCGUCGGACGCGGGCCUGCGGGCUUCAUUACUAAGGCACGACGCCCUCGUGGAGCAUAAUGACACACCCCCGCGGGAACGGGGCCGCGUCCGAGCACUGUUCGCACUCGCGCAUGCCGUGGUCACGGAACGAGCGAGGUACGACGACGGCUGGUCCAAGCCCUACGAAUGGGGCGACGUCGAUGCCGUGUGUGCCUUACGUGCGUGCGAUGCCGUCCUUGAUUCAUUAUCAUCGCAGUCACACGUGGCGCCCUCGGACUUGCCCUGGGUGUCGCUGCGGGACGCCUUCGAGUCGACGUAUGGUGCGAGACUGGAACGGGAGUCGGAUCGACGGUCAUUGAAAGCGAUCUCCGCAUUGUUAAUCUCCCAAGAGGCCUUCUCUCAAAAUGACAAGGCGCCCCUGCCGUGCGGGGACGUGCUGGGCCCCUUGCCGGACGGCUUUGAGCUCACGAGGGACACGUGGCGCAGCUGGAUCUCUCAACUACCCUCUUCGACGUCGUGCACGGCGCUCGGCUUGAGUUUAGAUGCUGAUGAAAGACGGGAGGCGCGCGCCGCGACUACGAUGUUAGAUGAUUGCGCGCGGCUCAUCGGUACUUCCAGAAAGACGGCUUCUUCUCAAGUAAACGACGAAGAUAUCGACGCUUUGAUGGACGAGCUGGCUCAAAUACGAACCGGAAGCGGUGGCGCCGUCGCGGACGCGGCCAAGCGCGAGGUCGCGGCCGCUUUGAUAGCCUUGAAGCGGGACGGAUCAACGGCCGCGCGCCAGGGCCGCGCGGCCCUUUGUCUCGCCUCGGGCCAGGCCGUGGCUUUGAAUCACUUGGAGCGGCCGGCUCAAUUAAUCGCGGCGCUCAAGAUCGACGCCGCGGCGGCGCUGAAUGCGUCGCUGGACGACCUCGAGCUUGCCGUUGUUGGGGAUGGUUUGAAAUUGGCGGGCGUCGCGUGCCGCGGCCUGGAUCCAAUAAGGCCGCUGGCCGUCGCGUGGCGGCCGCGGGCGACAAAUGGCGUGCUCGUGCCGCUCGUGCUUGCCAGAGAGCCGCUCGCGCCGCCGCUCGCGGAGGUGCGCGUCGAGGUGGCGGACGCGGUGAGGAAUCCGACGUUCGUUGCCGAGUAGGAGUGGUGGUCGGUGGCGCCCUGUACUAAGUAUAUCAAGUUA